AUGGUGUCUGACCUGCGACGAUUUGUAGAACGAUUCGUACAAGUAUAUCAAGCACCAAACGAACACCAAGAACGAAAUUUCCUCAUUAUUCUAAAAUCAAAUAUUCUCCCAGGUCAGGAACUCUGGCUUGCUUAUAAAAGACGUACCGCUACACCCACAUCACAAUAUAAUGAAGCUACUGCGUUAAAAACUUGGGAAGAUGCACCUACUUCUGCAUGUGGUAUGGAUGCAUUCGUUACUCUUUUGACAAGUGUAUCGUAUAAUCUUCAAUUGUUUGAAUGUUUGGCUGAGAUAUUGACGCCGAGAAGAGAAUUGGUCAUGCGUUGGAUGGCUCCAUAUUUACAUCGACAUAACAAAUAUGAUUUUGAAGAGGAUAGUUGGUUGUGUGAUCCUUGGGGAAGUGGUUAUUGGACAGAAGACACGAGAGAACUAAAUUUAAGGAGGGAUAUGAUAUAUUGCUUGGAUAUCUUGCGGCAAUUUAAUGGACGCGAGGAUGUCAUUGCUGAAGCAUUGGCUAUCCUUGAAGAAAAAGAUGUUUCUGUCUAUUUAAAAGCUUAUUGCCAAGGUUAG